AUGUGGGAGAAAAUAUAUAGCAGCGUAGUAAAUGUGUUGGACAUAAAUCAAGCAACACUUUCUGGUUCCUGUGAUAUAAUAUGUGUGAAACGCUUGGACAAAUUGGCAUCAUCAGAUUCAACCCCAAAGUACAUCUACAAAUCUACUCCUUUCCAUAUUCGUUUUGGGAAAGUGAAAUUACUUAAAUCAAGGGAGAAAGUGGUAUCUGUCUAUGUGAAUGGCGUCCUUUCCAACCUUACUAUGAAAUUGAGUAGUGCAGGAGAAGCUUAUUUUCCUAAGGAUAUUGAUGAUGAUGAGGAUUCAUCUAGCGAUGAGGGAUCACCAGUACAUUCUCUAACAAUCUCAUCCAUUGAUGAAUCAACGGAACAUUUGUCGCUAAAGUGUGACGACAUACAAGAAAUAUCAUCUUUAAUCGAGUCUUCAAAACAAAAAUCAGGGAUGGAAGAUGUAUGCUUGGCAAAGUCCCCUAAUUCAAACGAUGCAGAGUACGAUCCUUCGUCCAAAGAUGUUUCCCUCCGUUGCAUUGAUUGUCAAAAGCCAUUGGUUAACAAACAGUAUAAUAUCGCAGGACAUUCAACAAAAACAGCAGUUGCGGCCGCCACUACAGGUGUUAAUGAUGCCAAAAGAGAUAGACUGGGUGCCGAUGUAGACCCAGUGAAAUCUGGUAAUAUAAUGUCACAAAAGGCUGAGUCAAUCCUUCCAAACUUCGAGUACGGCUCAGAUAACAUGUGGAACUGGGUAGAUACGCAAAUACAGCAUGGCAGGGAUGGAAGUAUACUCCAACUCUCCCUGUGCGGUCACUUGAUUUUCAAUGAACGGGAUGUUUAUGCACAAUCACAAUUUUUUUCCAAAUAUUUAGUGACUUGGGAUGCAUUUAGCAGCGACCCUAGUAUCCUGUACGAUCCGACUCUUGUUGCUUGUUUUGGUUCCAGGCCUCCAUACUACCAAGCUAAGGUUGCCAUAGCACUAAUAAUAUCAUGGAUUGUAUUCAACCGCCCAUUAUCUCCCUCAGCCUUCGACAUGAUCCUCAAGUACGAUAUGGAUAAGCCUAAGGAGCGAUAUUGGGAUCUACUGUUUGGUAAAAAUAAGUCUGAUGAGCACAUAAAUUUUGAUAGUUCGAGGGAUGGAUACAAAAAGAAUGGCCCCCAAAUUCCCAACCCAGGAGACGUAUCAUCACUGAAUAAACCGAGGAAAUGCCAACAGUCAUUCAAGCCUACAUCGGAACAACUGGAAAGUCUAAACUUAAACCCCGGGCCAAAUUUAAUAACUUUUGUCGUCCAAUCUGCUCUACAGGGAAUUCAAAGUGUCAAGUCUGUAUUAUAUUUGUGGCCUCACGAUGCAAAAAUUGUAAUAUCAGACGUAGAUGGCACAAUAACUCGUUCAGACUUACUGGGCCAUUUAAUGCCCAUUGUAGGAAAGGAUUGGUCGCAUGAGGGAGUGGCUGGGUUAUUUUCCAAAAUCUCGCAAAAUUCAUACAAGGUUUUGUACUUAACUGCGCGUGCUAUUGGCCAGUCUAGUUACACUAAGGAGUAUUUAUUUGGUCUCACCCAAAAUAAGUCUAACAAAUUGCCAGAGGGACCAUUAUUUUUGAGCCCAGACCGAUUGUUGAUCAGUUUAAAGCGGGAGGUUAUAACUAAAUCUGCAUAUACCUUCAAAAUAUCUACUCUGAACGAGAUCCGUAGCAUAUUCUCGUCCGAGCACAACCCCUUUUACGCUGGUUUUGGCAACAACGAUUCGGAUAGGCGAGCUUACACCUCAGUUGGAGUACCAGAAUUUCGUAUAUUUACCAUCAACCCAAGGGGUGUGAUUAGAACAUCCAACUCCACGUACCAGGGGACGUACACUUCUAUGACGGAUAUUGUACAGGAGAUGUUUCCGGCACCUGUUGACAAUUCGUCCACGCACGACGACCAAUACAACGAGUUUCAGUAUUGGAAUUUUCCCAUACAAAUGGAAGUGGUGAACGAUCUAGACUGUGAUUCUUCCUGGAAUGACCACGUACCAUUCAACGAGAUGGCCCCUUGA